UCUCUCUGCUAUAGAAGAAGGAGGAGGACGGCUUAUUAUCAUCGGAUCCCGGCCAUGGAAAGCUACGCUCAGCUCCUCGCCCACCAGGAGGCCGUCCACCGGGAGGCCCAGCGGAUCGCCUCGUUGUCCGCGGUGAAGCUCCUCCGUUCCCGGACACAGAGAGGGGGGAUGAGGCUGCACCGCUCCCUGCAGCUCUCCAUGGUGAUGCGGAGUGCCCGGGAUCUCAUGGUGUCCUCCGUCCCGGUCCCCGAAGCCAAGCCCGUGUCCCCCCCGCCCAGAGAGAGCCGCAAACGCCGCUCGUGUGGCUCCGGAAUCACCGAACUGGUGCCCAGCAAGCGGGCAUGUCUGUGGCAGGAGACCCCCGAGCCCCAGGAACAAGGCGGAGCCUUCCCCGGUCUGGCCGAGGUCCUCCAGAGGGUGCUGAGAAGUGUCCGGUCCCGGGUCCCACCGGGGGGCUGCCGGGUGCCCGGAGCCGUGACCUCCGUCCAUAACCGAGCCGUGGAGGCCUUCUGAAC